UUGUUUUUUCCAGAUGACGAUAUUCACCACGAUGACUUCGAUGAAUCUCAAAGAGUAAUCGACGAAGAGCCAAUAUUGGCGAAACCUAAGAGAACCAAGCGCUCCCUGAAUCGGGAAUACACAAUCGAACUGAUGGUAGUGGCAGAUGCCAAAAUGGCGGAUUUUCACGGAGACGAUCUCACCCACUACGUUACGAACCUGAUCGCAGCGGUCGAUAAGAUAUUCAAGGACCCAAGUAUAGGAAAUCCGAUGAGUGUGGUUUUAGUGAAGUUCCGAGUUCUGCACGAGCUUAAGGGCUGGUCGGGGCACUCGGCUUCCCUGAUGCUCAAUAAGUUCUGCGACUGGCAGAAGAAAAUGAACAGCGAUGACGAUUCAGUCCCAGAUCAUCACGAUUCCGCUCUACUCCUCACAAGAGAGAUGGUCUGUAGCAGAAAAAACUGUAAUACUCUAGGACUCGCUGAAGUUGGAAGAAUGUGCCAAGAUGACUCAAUGCACAGUUGUGCUAUUGUAAGAGAUGCAGGUCUCAGUACUGUGUUCACUAUUGCUCAUGAAUUGGGGCAUGUGCUAAACAUACCACAUGAUGAUUCUAGAUCAUGUGAUGAUUUCCGGGACCCACAGGAUAAGCCACAUCUAAUGGCUCGUACUCUUGAUAGAGAAACAAGACCCUGGUCGUGGUCUAAUUGCAGUAGAACAUUACUUACAGAAUUCUUAGAAGCAGGGCAUGGUUCUUGUCUUCUUGAUCGACCAGUUACUGACCUUGGAGAUAGAAAACACAAAAAGCAACUUUUAGGUGAAAAAUUUGAUAAAGAUAAACAAUGUGAGCUUGUCUAUGGAAAAGGAUCCAAAAUUUGUUCUCACAUGGCUACGUGUGAAGAACUUUGGUGCCGUAAUAGUCAAUCAGAUGGUGAAACAGAAAAUUGUUCUACGUUACACAUGCCAUGGGCUGAUGGAACACCUUGCGGACAUGGAAAAUGGUGCCAGAAAAGACAUUGUGUUUGGAAAGACAGGAAAUCACUGCAGCCUGUCAAUGGUGGUUGGGGCAAGUGGCAAAAGUAUGGAGAAUGUUCUCGCACAUGUGGUGGUGGAGUUCGUAAAAGUAUUAGAGAGUGUAAUAACCCAACUCCUGCUAAUGGUGGAAAAUACUGUUUGGGUGAAAGAGUACGUUAUCAUUCUUGUGCUACCCAAGAGUGUCCACCUGGUUCUACUGACUUUAGAGAGCUGCAAUGUACUGAACACAAUGGAGCAGAUUACAGCAUUGGAGGUCAAAAGCUGAGUACUAUUUGGGUUCCUAAAUAUGACGGAAUAAGUCUGGACGAAAGAUGUAAAUUAUAUUGCCGAGAUUCUCAAAAUAUUAAUUACUACAGUUUAAUGGAUAAAGUUAUAGAUGGAACUGUCUGUGGUCCUAACACAUUUGAUAUUUGUGUAAAUGGUUUUUGCCAGCCGGCAGGUUGUGAUCAUAUUCUUAAUUCUAAGAAGCAAUUAGAUUAUUGCGGUCAAUGUGGAGGAGAUAAUUCAACAUGCAAGCUUAUCACUGGAUCUUUCAACAGUUCACAGAAUGGCUAUACUAGUAUAGACACUAUUCCUGCUGGAGCUUCUAACCUGGAUGUAAGACAACGUGGUUAUCUCAAUUCAAAUAAGGAUAACAACUAUUUAGCAUUGUAUGAUAAUGAAACAAGCCAGUAUAUUUUAAAUGGGCAUUACCAAGUUAAGGUUUCAAGAAAAGUAAUAUUGUAUGGAGGUACUACUUUAGAAUACUCAGGUUCUGAUGCUAUUGUUGAACAAAUCAGAUCUUCCCGACCACUGAAUAAAGAUUUAAAUCUUCAGGUAUGCUCGGUUGGAACUCUUUAUCCACCCGAUAUAACUUAUGAAUAUACUGUUCCAAAAAGUGCUUUAGAUCAAUAUUCAUGGGAUUUAUCAGAUGAGUGGGGAACUUGUAACAAAGUAUGCAAUGGUGAAACUACCCAGAUUUUUAAGUGUGUUCGAAAUGAAGGUAGACAAGAAUUUUCCCCAGAAUUAUGUGCUGAUUUGCAAAAGGGUAGUGCUCCAAGAAGACCAUGCAAUACUCAUUGUAAUUUAAUGUGGCAAGCUGUUUCAAGAUCUGAAUGCUCAAGUGACUGCGGGCCUGGUUUCAGAAAUAUAACCUUUGAAUGUACGAUUAAACAGGACAAUUCUUUUUAUCCAACUCAAAGUGUUUCCUGUAUGCACAUUCCUAAACCUGAAGUAAUGGAAACAUGUCAUGGUCUCUGUGUUGAGCCCAAAUGGAUAUUUUAUGAAUGGGGACAUUGCUCUAAAAGCUGCGGAGGUGGAAUACGGAAGAGAGAAGCUGCCUGUAUGGACUCACUUAAACAUAAAAGAAAUGACUCAGAAUGUCAAAUAAAUGAAAAAAAAGUGGAAGAAACCUGCAAUACUCAAGAUUGUCCAUCAUGGCAAGUCGGAGAAUGGACACCGUGCUCAGUGACAUGUGGUGGCGGGACGAAACUUCGGCAUUUUUGGUGCCAAUACGAAGGCCUCACAGACACUAAUGAUAGAUGUCCAAUGCCUAUGCCCAUAUCAACUGAAUCCUGUAAUAAUAUACCGUGUGCUCACUGGAUAGAAGAUAAAUGGUCCCAGUGUUCUGUGAGCUGUGGGACUGGCGAAGAAAUACGAAGAGUCAUCUGUUCAGUUCCCAAUGGUUGCUCAAAUAUAACGAAGCCAAUAACUUCAAGACCAUGUUAUAUGACUCCAUGUAGCUUGGGUCAUGAAAAUGCUAUCCCAGGUGAUAUAAAUGGUCAAAAAUACACUUGGCGUCAUAUUUCAUCACCGUGUUCAGUAAGUUGUGGAAAAGGUGAAAUGAGAACUUCAGUUGAGUGCUAUGAUAAUGCAGCUGGAAAAGUGACAGAUGUAAGAAACUGUGGUGGCCAAAUUAUCCCAUAUGGGAAGGUUGAGUUGUGCUAUAUGCCUCAAUGUCCUCAUUGGGAAAUAGGAGACUGGGAACCAUGUUCAGCUAUUUGUGGAUCAGGGACUCAGAGCAAACGUGUUACCUGUGAAGCACAGAAUGGAGUAAUAUUGCAUGACAGUGCUUGCUCUUUGGAAACAAAACCAAGAAUUGAAAAACCAUGUAAUGUCUUCUGUCCACAGACCUGGAUAAAAUCUCCUUGGAGUCGAUGUUCAGUAUCCUGUGGUAAAGGAAUUAUGAUGAGAAAAGUUGUGUGUUAUGGACAAUGCAGUGGACCAAAACCUGAUACCAGUGCUCCUUGUGAAGCAGGACCAUGUGAAGAUGAAGGAUUGUGGAAUACAGGACCAUGGUCACAGUGUAGUGUCACAUGUGGUGAAGGAAUCCAGGAAAGACAAGUACGCUGUGAAGGAAAAAGUGGUGAAAUUCUUCCAGAUAAUUAUUGCCCUGAACCAAGUCCAGGCAGAGAACAAAAAUGUAGUUUUGCCCCAUGCAAACCUGUCUACAGAUGGGAAGUCACCCGAUGGACACCAUGUUCUACAAGUUGCGGUAAGGGAACGCGGAGAAGACAAGUAGACUGUAAGUCAUCCAAGGGAGAGAGAGUACCUGAUCACCAUUGUUCUAUUGCAAGGAAAAGGCCUAAUGACUUGAAAGCUUGUAAGAAAUCCCCGUGUCUUUUCGACUGGGAAGAAGGGGAAUGGUCGCAGUGUACUUCAUCUUGUGGGACUGGCAGACAGAUGAGAAAAGUUCGUUGUGUUAAAAACAGCUUUAAUAAUAAAUCUCGUAAAGAACCACAUGAAAUAGAUGAAAGGUUUUGUAAUCCUAGGACAAAACCAGAAACCAGUAGAACAUGUAGAGGUUACUGCAAUAGUAUAUAUAAGUGGGAAGUUGGUAUAUGGCAACCUUGUUCAAAACCAUGCAGUCGAAAAGGAAAGCAAAAGCGUAAUUUAUAUUGUUAUAAUGGUAAGAAGAAAGUAGCUUUGAAAUAUUGCAAUAAAGAGUUACGACCUGAAAGGAGAAGAAAAUGUGAAACUGUAAUGUGCCCUUCCUGUCAAGCCCUUCAAGAAGGAUUUAAUGAACAUAGAGAUGGAGAAUACCAGCUUUGGGUUAAAGGAAAGAAUGUGACAGUGUUCUGUUAUAAUAUGCAAGAAAAUAGACCUACAGAGUAUCUAACUCUUCCACCAAAUGAUAAUUUUGCUGAAAUUUUUAGUAAAAGCCUGAGAUACCCGACAAAGUGCAUGAACAUGGACAGAAGGCUUGAUGGCUGUGAUAAUGAAUGGAACCAGGUAGCUUAUGGUUUCACUUAUUUUAGGAAGAUUCGAAUCAACUUAACUUCUUUAAUUGUUGACACCAAUGACUGGACAUUCGCCACAACGAUGAAAGGCAGUCCAGUAAAUUUUGGAGAAGCAGGUGACUGUCAAACGAGGGGUCUUUGCCCAGAAGGACAGUUCUCUAUUAACCUUUUGUCAACUGGUUUUAAAGUUUCACCAUUGACUGUAUGGGUUGGUAUUGGAGCUCAUGCACCACCUAAAAUUGAAAAGUUACAAGAUAAUCAAAAGAUCAUUGGAAGAUGUGGAGGCUGCUGUGGUUUCUGUAAACCAAAGGAUGGGCUGAGAUUAGAUUUACUACCUCCUUAG